GGAAGAGGCGAGUGCGGCUGGCAGGAGAGCGAGAAGCGAGCGAGCCCCCGUGGAAGUGUCGCUGCCGGCUCUUCUUCACCUUGCCCCUCAGCCUCCCUUCCCGCCGCCGCCGCCGCAACGAUGUCCGUGGCGGGCUUGAAGAAGCAGUUCCACAAAGCCACCCAGAAAGUGAGUGAGAAGGUUGGUGGAGCAGAAGGAACCAAGCUAGAUGAUGACUUCAAAGAAAUGGAAAGAAAAGUGGAUGUCACCAGCAGGGCUGUGAUGGAAAUAAUGACCAAGACAAUAGAGUACCUUCAACCCAACCCAGCUUCCAGAGCCAAACUCAGCAUGCUAAACACCAUGUCCAAAAUCAGAGGCCAGGAGAAAGGACCAGGGUACCCUCAAGCUGAGGCACUGCUUGCAGAUGCAAUGCUAAAGUUUGGAAGAGAACUUGGAGAAGAAUGCAACUUUGGCCCUGCUCUAGGGGACGUUGGAGAAGCCAUGAAGGAGCUUUCUGAAGUGAAAGAUUCUUUGGACAUAGAAGUGAAACAGAAUUUUAUUGACCCCCUUCAAAAUCUCCAUGACAAAGACCUGAGGGAAAUACAGCACCACCUUAAGAAAUUAGAAGGCAGACGCUUGGACUUUGAUUACAAGAAGAAAAGACAAGGCAAAAUCCCCGAUGAGGAACUCCGUCAAGCUCUGGAGAAGUUUGAUGAGUCAAAGGAGAUUGCUGAGUCAAGCAUGUUUAAUCUGCUAGAGAUGGAUAUUGAACAAGUGAGCCAGCUGAGUGCCCUUGUACAAGCCCAGCUGGAAUACCACAAACAAGCCAACCAGAUCCUCCAACGAGUUAGUUCCAGGCUGGAAGAAAGGAUAAAAGAAGCAUCACUUCAGCCCAGGAGAGAAUAUCAGCCAAAGCCCCGCAUGAGCUUGGAACUGAGUGAGAACACUCAACAGAAUGGCGGGAUCUCAAAUGCCACCACUCCAAAGCCCUCAGGUUUUCCUAUGGACCAGCCCUGCUGUCGAGCUCUGUAUGACUUUGAUCCAGAAAACGAAGGGGAGCUAGGCUUUAAAGAGGGUGACAUCAUCACCCUCACAAACCAGAUCGAUGAAAACUGGUAUGAAGGGAUGCUGCAUGGCCAGUCCGGCUUCUUCCCCAUCAAUUAUGUGGAAAUUCUUGUCCCUUUGCCUCAUUAGGAUGGCCAAGUCACCGUGGCUGAAUCCCCCACUUCCCCCCCAAAAGUCAUGUGUUGAUACCACUGCUUUUAAAUUAAUAGGAAAAUGGCUGCCUGCUCCACAACCCAAGUACAUGCUGCAGUGGUUAAAGUAGUCAUCAGGCCCCCACAGACAAUCUUUGGUUUCCGUGUCGUCAUGCUGCGUAGUGGUGAUGCGUGGUAUCUUCUCCGGACGCUGCAGCCAGGCACGUGGGAUUUUCCUGUCGUUCCCAUAGCUGCCUCAGAGAUGUCUGCACAGUGAUGGGGAGGGGAGGUGCGGGUGGAUGUGGCUCAACAAGAGAGCUACGGACAGGGGAGCCCUUGGAUUCUUCCGGAAGAUAAGGCAUAUCACCACUCUUAGGCCAGGUCAGUUCUGUCUGGACAGAGCGGGGGGACGUGCCCUUGGGCAUUGCAUCGUUCCCUCCCUGCCAGAGGCAGCUUAUGCAGGCCUAAAUCCACUAACCAGCUUUUUGUGUCCUAUCUCAAAAAUGGCUGAGUCCUGUCCUUGGAGAUAUAGCAAAGCAUCUAUCUGGUUUUCUCCAGGAAUGAGCCACCACUAUUCUGUACAUGCUGUUGGCAUAGAACCAGCUUUGAUAUCCUAGGUCGGGGUGGGCAGGAGGUGGAUCAGGAUCUACUGGUGGAUCCCUGAGUGAGUUGCGGUGGUUUGGAGAUGGCUUUUGACCCCCGAAACAUUUAACAAUAGCAACAGCAAAAUAGCUUUUUCUACUUACAGCAUAUUAGACUGCUGAAAUGAAGAGAAGUGAGGCGAAGCAGGAGUGGACAUUGGUAGGAAAAGACUGUGAAUUUAGCUCACUACUGGCACUGACAAUGAGGUGCACCGAGACACUGUUCUUUCAUUCUCAGUAUACGUCUCUUGCACCUGGCUUUGCUGGUGGAUCUUGGGAUUCUGGGAGACAUAAACAACCAACAAAGUAGAUUAGACAAACCUGACAUCUGCUUACCCUUGUACAGCAUUGUUAAAUAAAGGCCCUGUUGGGUUUAAAAUGGAAAAAGGUCCAAUGGCCAAGCCAGGAAACGUGCAAGACCACAAGCCCAGUGUGGUUGCUCAGAAACUUUGAACCUAAACAACCCAGAAUGCCAACAGCAGAUAAACGAAGCUGGAAGAAAAGGAAGACCAAAAAAGUAACUAUUUCACUUUGUAAAACAGCCUUCUCCAAGCUGGUGCCCUCCAGUUGCCGUGGAUUGAAGCUCGCACUGUUUCCAACCACCAUUGCCUUUGGCUGGGAACUACGGACGUGGCACUCCAGCAAUCGGGAGGGCAUCCAACUGGGGAAGGCUGCUGUGAUGCCGAGGCACAAAGAAGAAGCUUACCACUUCACAACACCGAGAACCCUUAUUCUACACAUUCACUACAAAAGAAAAGAAUGCAGAGCAACUCACACCACAUAUGUUUCUUUUCAUCUACCUUGUGUUCUUUGAACAUCAUUUGUGUAUAUUCUGCCCUCAAUGAGGACUAAAUAAAAAGAAUCUUUGUGCUGAGCAAUUAAAGCAACAUGUGGCUAUAUAUGCAAAGACAGUUCAGUUUGUUUUCUCUCUGGCGUCUUCUGUAUCUUUCUUUUUUUCCCAUUCUACUCCCGGCAUUUUGUGUGUAUGGUGACGUGUCUAGCUGAUUCACUGUUCUUUUUGGUAACUUCUGUAUGAAUUUGUUGAAUCUGAGUUACGCAGAGUUUUAUUUAUCUCUCUAUGUACCUGUACAGCCUCUUCCUGCGCUGCUUCAGAUGUGCCACUUCAGUAUUGGACUGUGUGAAAUGAAGGCAAUCCUUUUGCUUUUAACGUGUAAACUACA